UAAAGGCAAGUGAGACUGCUUCAAAUAAAACAACUCCAAGCUUCCAAGAAACAGUUAAGAAGGCAGAGACAAGCAGAAAUACCCCUUCACUAACACUCACACGGUUGCCAUGGACCUGCAUAAGCAGUGGGAGAACACAGAAGCUAACUGGCACAAGGAAAAGAUGGAAUUACUGGACCAGUUUGACAAUGAAAGGAAGGAAUGGGAGAGUCAAUGGAAAAUCAUGCAGAAGAAGAUAGAAGAGCUUUGCCAUGAAGUAAAGCUUCGGAGGAAAAUCAACGUGAAUGAACGUGCUAAGAUCAUCAGUCAUGAUCGUGAGAAAGCAAUUCAAGAUCAAGUGCUGGAAUCUUCUCCAAAUUACCCCAGUUCAGGACGAUGUGAAUUUACAAGGAUGAAUUACCGGGAUGGUCUGGAAAAAGAAAAUAAAACAGAGCAGCGCUUACUCUGUGAAGGAAAUGAAAUGUGUAAGGAACAAAAAGCAACAAAAAAAUCAAAAGUAGGGUUUAUGGAUCCUUUGGCCACAGAUAACCAAAGAGAAUGUGAGGCGUGCCCUGGUCUGAGGACUUUGAGGGAAGAGGGCAGGAGCUGCUCUGGGGCCCUCAACUUGGCUCUUGAAGAACUUGCCAAAGUUAGUGAAGAAUUAUGCAGCUUUCAAGAGGAAAUCCGAAAGCGGUCUAACCACAGAAGGAUGAAGUCAGAUUCUUUUCUUCAGGAAAUGCCAAAUGUAAUGAAUAUGCCUCACAGAGACCGCAUGAUCAACCAUGGCCAGGGCAUUCUUCCCAUCGAUUUAGAAAAAGAAAAGCAGAAAAAUAGAAGGAAUCUAAGCACCACUGUGCUCCAAAGCAACUCUAGGAAAACAUGUGAACUUGAUACAAUUAAUCUGCAAAGAAAUGAAAUUCCACCACUUCCACCUCCAAGAAGCACAUCUCGAAGUUUUCCCAGCUUAUAUUCUGAACAAGCUCAUGAAAGUUUGAAGGGAAGUUUAGACCACAAUAGCCAGGUGGCCCAGGAGGGUCAAGCGGAAAGGAACUGCAGUCCUGAUUUCCUUUGGAGGCACAAUGAGAUGCCUAUGCUGUGUCUAGGUGAAGGGAAGACUUUGAAAGAUGGUAUCACGUUUCCUUCUUUGGCACCCAAAGCCAAAAUAGAUAACAAGCCUCCAUGUAAUGAAAAUGUUGGACUUAGCAUGUGGUCGUAUGACACUGGGAUCAGUGCAAAAAAUAGUCCCUCUCCAUUGUGGUUUCAGAAAACCUGCUCGACUCCCAAUAAGCCACAGUGUGAAAAGAUGAUUCCAGAUCACCCUACUAAAUCUCAUCCUGAUCUUCAUAUAAGCAGUGACUAUAGCUCCUCGGUGACAGAGAGCAAUGGCCCACUUAAAAGUUUCAGUUGUGGUUUUAAGAGGACAACUAGGAAUGAAAAACUGGCAGCAAAGACUGAUGAAUUUAACAGAAUCGUAUUUAGAACAGAUAGAAAUUGUCAGGCAAUACAGCAAAAUCAGAGCUACUCAGAAUCAUCUGAAGAUUGUAAACCCUGUGAGACCUUAACUACUCAUGCAGAUAACAUAUCAGAAAAUGAUAAUGUGUCUGACAUUCUGAAAACCAGUGCCCACGUGCCUGUGCCCAGAGAAAAUGUACCUGACAAUCCCACCAAAAUACCCACAACAGGCCUAGUCAGACAAAUGCAGGAACACAUGAGCCCCAGCAGUUACCGGAGUAUGCUCCAAGAGCAUGACUGGAGACCCAGUAAUUUGUCUGGCCGGCCAAGAUCAGCGGAUCCUAGGUCAAAUUAUGGUGUUGUGGAAAAGCUGCUGAAAACCUAUGAGACAUCAACAGGGUCUGCAUUGCAAAAUUCUAAAUGCUUCCAGGAUAACUGGACCAGAUGUAAUUCUGAUGUCAGCAGUGGACCCACAUUAAGUCAGCAGUUAGAAAGACUUCAGUUAGAACAAGAGUUUCAGCAAAAGCCAGCUAUGUGUGGAGCACAGCAAGUAAAGCGAGGAGUAGAUUGGAGAAAGAUAACAGAGGAAGCCAUGGCAGUGAAAUCCUCACAUGGAAAAGGGUUUUCCCGACCUGCUAGACCAGCAAAUCGCCGUCUCCCAUCUAGAUGGGCCUCGAGAUCUCCAUCAGCACCCCCUGCCUUGCGGAGAACUGCCCCCAGCUAUACCAUUUCUCUGCGAUCUGCAGCGUCGAUGGUCUGA